CGGAUAUGUAAUUUGUCCCAAGUUGAGGGAUUCAAACUAUAAAUAUAAGCCACAGUUUGUAUAAAAAAAUGUGGGAAUGUUUUGCACAACAUUUACUUCCUCUGAGGAAAGGGGAAAAAAUUGAAGGCCAAAUGAAGGCCACUCACUCUUGUGGUUUCUUUUUCCUCCAGCAAUGCCACAACUGAAACACUAUCUCCCAACCUCUACUCUUCUCAUUCUGCCCAUUAACCACCGUCACCACCAUUUCCUCCUCCGUAAACCACCACCGGGAAAUAUACAUCCACCACCACCAGUACUCCUCCAGCUCAGCCUCACCACCACCACCGGAGUACUAUGCAACAGUGGUUAUCUUCUUCAAUCACUUCUUCUUUGCAGAGCUCGCAGGUGGGAUUGGGAAAACUCCAAUACAGAGUCAUUUACAACCCAAAUCAUCGAUGAUGAUGACUACGAUGACGGCGGCAAAGAAACUGAAGAUGAACAAUGGGAUGAUGUUCUUCAAGAAUACAUUGAUAGUAUCUGGAUUUUCAAGGUAUUCGGAAGUUAUGGUUGGGCGCUUCCAUUCAUCCUGGUUUCCUUGGUAAUAACAAAUGGGCCAAAAUCGUUUUUGUUGGCUUUAACACUUGCAAUUUUACAGUCAACAUUUGCAUUUGCUUUCCAAAAGAUGUGGGAAAGCAGGGGAAAACAGAGGAGUCAGCGGAAGACGAAGAAGAAGAAGACUAGAAGAAGUUCAAGAACUGAGAAUACGUUUUGGGAAGAUGAAAGAUUAGGUAAUCAAGAGAAUAAGAAACGAAAAAUGGGGUACAAAUCAUGGGUACAAUCUGAUGAUGAUUCAAGUUUUGGUGGAUGGGAUAAGCUAGAUAGUGAGAAUGAGUUUCAGUUUAGAUCUCCAACUAAAUCAGGCCAAAGGGUUGGUGGCAGAUCAGAGAAGUCAUCAUCUUCAGAGAAGAGUAGGAUUAGUGAAGAAGUAAGGAGAAGUGAGACACCAUUGUUAUUGAGAUUGCUGAUUGCAGCUUUCCCAUUCUUAGGUUCAUGGACUAAGAUGCUUUAGUACAUCAUUCGGCUGAUUAUCAUACACAUUUACAAUACUGUUAUAGAAAUGUUCGUAAAUGUUUUCAAUUCGUAAAUUUUAACGAAUUGAUCCCAAAAGGAACCAAAGGUUCAUCCCUUUCUGACAAACAACUUGGCGUUUUCAUGCACAAGUAAACCAUAAUUCUAAAUUAUCAGCUCAGAAAUGAGUAGCCUACUCUUGAAUGCCAAAAGUUUGUAGCUAAAUCAGGAACAUUUAAGUGCAAUAUAAGAAAGAAGAGAAGACAGUUAACUGUUUUCAACGACAUCAGUAAAUCAGUUGAUGUUCAG